GAAUGCGAUGGAUUCUCUCCUGGAGCUGUCUGUAGCAGCUGAGCAUGUUGGCCCCCUCCCUCCCCUCCUCUCCGGGUUUGAGCUUACCGCAGCUCUCCUCAGCCCCCAACACAACUCCUCCAAACCAGACCUUCACCCCCACCUUCCUACGGGGGAGUCCGCUGUCCCCCUCUCCCCUCCCCGACGGGCCCCUCCUCUCCGCAGCGAAGAUAACCAGGACAUGACCACUGACUUGACAGAAGAGUUUGAUGUUCUGAUCGACCGUGAGCUGGAGAAUCUUACCAUACAGCAGGAAGCUGAAGAGAGGGACCACGGUGAUCUUCACUCCUCCUCCUCUUCCUCAUCCGUCUCUUCCCUCUCCUUCCUCGUUCAGCCCGCGGACGCCCAGCAGCAGGCCCUACCCCAGCCGCUUCAGUCCAGCCCAAGAGCCUCCAGGAGGGGGCUCCCAGGGGACCAGCCAUGCCCAGACAGGGUGUUCUCAGCUGGGCAGGCUAGCGGACCUCACUCCCCUGUGUCUGACCUGAGCCUCAACUUCUCUGGAGGAGCCGCCGGUUACCGGCGGCAACGGUCAUUACUGGACUUCAGCCAUCUGACUUCGUCGCCGUCCGGGACGGACAGAACUAAACCCAGCCUGCCGUUGGACCCAGGGGCCUCCGAUCGCCCCUCUGCAUUCCAGGCAUACAGGAAACUGGACCAGUUCACGGUUCGUCCAGAGGGCGAGCGGACCGUACCACCAGGCGGCGUAGCAGAGGGGGCGAGGACGAAGACGAGCGUCGCAGGGGAAGAAGAGCGACUCAACAACCCGUCGUUCUGGAACACUCGAGCGCCGGAGUUCCAACCGCAUGGAAAUCAGACAACGAGGCCGGCAUUUAUCGUCCCUGUGGCGCUAAGCCCCUCCUCCUGGCACACCCGGGCCACACCCGCCUCCCACUGGUUGGCCCAGGGCCCUGUCGGUCAAGUCCCGACCGUCCCCAGGUCUUGGACAGGGGGUGUGUCUGCUGGCCCCAGAGCACCCCUCCUCUCUGGGCAACAUGGUAGGCUCCGGCUGGAGGGGCGUGUCCUAGUGCUGCUACGGGGAGCUCCUGGGUCGGGCAAGUCCACCCUGGCCCGGGCCAUGCUGGAACAGAACCCACAUGGGGUGGUGUUGAGCACCGAUGAUUAUUUCUGUCGUCAUGGGGACUAUCGCUAUGACCCCUCAGCUUUAGGGGAGGCCCACGAAUGGAACCACGCUAGAGCCCAGGAAGUGAUGGAGGCCUCUUUCUCUCCUGUUAUUAUUGACAACACCAACAUAUACUAUCCCCUGACCCCUAGACCCCUACACCCUGACCCCUACACCCUAACCCCUCUACACCCUAACCAUGUAAAUGGUCUCUGUUUCCCAUUGAAUAACACAGUGUUUAUGUCCUCAGCCCAGGAAGUGAUGGAGGCCUCUUUCUCUCCUGUUAUUAUUGACAACACCAACAUGCAGGGCUGGGAGAUGAAACCCUACGUAACUAUGGCUCUGAGGCACAACUACAAGGUUUUGUUCCGGGAGCCUAGUACCUGGUGGAAGAACAAACCCAGGGAACUGGAGAGACGUACAAGGCACAGUGUUAAAGCAGAGAAGAUCCGUUGGAUGAUGGAAAAUUAUGAUCGUCACGUGACCAUUCACUCCAUCAUGGGGAGCUCUCACCCCAAUCUACCCCCCCUUUACGCCCCAACACGACCCCCUCAUCACGACGCCAAACUACCCCCCCAACAGGACCCAACACGACCCCCCCAUCACGACACCAAACUACCUCCCCAACAGGACCCAAGCCCACCCCAUCACGACGCCAAACUACCCCCCAACAGGACCCAAGCCCACCCCCAUCAGGAGGCCAAACUACCCCCCCCAACAGGACCCAAGCCCACCCCAUCAGGAGGCCAAACUACCCCCCAACAGGACCCAAGCCCACCCCAUCAGGAGGCCAAACUACCCCCAGCAGGACCCAAGCCCACCCAUCACAACGCCAAACUACCCCCCCAACAGGACCCAAGCCCACCCCAUCACAACGCCAAACUACCCCCCAACAGGACCCAAGAGGCCAAACUACCCCCCAACAGGACCCAAGCCCACCCCAUCAGGAGGCCAAACUACCCCCAACAGGACCCAAGCCCACCCCACCAGGAGGCCAAACUACCACCCCAUCAGGAGGCCAAACUACCCCCCAACAGGACCCAAGCCCACCCCAUCAGGAGGCCAAACUACCCCCCCAACAGGACCCAAGCCCACCCCAUCAGGAGGCCAAACUACCCCCCAUCAGAGGCCAAACUACCCCCAGCAGGAGGCCAAACUACCCCAGCAGGAGGCCAAACUACCCCCCAACAGGACCCAAGCCCACCCCAUCAGGAGGCCAAACUACCCCCCAACAGGACCCAAGCCCACCCCAUCAGGAGGCCAAACUACCCCAGCAGGACCCAAGCCCACCCCAUCAGGAGGCCAAACUACCCCCAGGACCCAAGCCCACCCCAUCAGGAGGCCAAACUACCCCCAACAGGACCCAAGCCCACCCCAUCACAACACCAAACUACCCCCCAGCAGGACCCAAGCCCACCCCACCAGGAGGCCAAACUACCCCCCAACAGGACCCAAGCCCACCCCACCAGGAGGCCAAACUACCCCCCAGCAGGACCCAAGCCCACCCCACCAGGAGGCCAAACUACCCCCCAGCAGGACCCAAGCCCACCCCAUCAGGAGGCCAAUCUACCCCCCAGCAGGACCCAAGCCCACCCCAUCACGACGCCAAACUACCCCCCAACAGGACCCUAG